CCAUGGCUCUCAAGAUCGUGGUCGUCAUAUGUGUGGCAGUCGUGGCCCUGGCCGAUCAGCCUACCAGGUAUUCUCCAGCAUCAUCACACCCCGCCCCCUCACACCACCAACAAGACGACGACUACCCUGACGUUCCUCCCAAGUAUGAAUAUAACUACGGCGUCGCCGACCAAUAUACCGGCGCCAACUUCGGUCACUCCGAGGUCCGCGACGGCUACAAGACCGAGGGCAGCUACACGGUAGACCUCCCCGACGGCCGCAAGCAGACCGUCAACUACGUGGACAAUGGCGACGGUCUGGAGGCCGUAGUGACCUACGAGGGUGAGGCCCAGUACUCCGAAAACAACCCUGCCCCAGCCUACAAGCCCUCUCCCACUUACAAACCUGAACCCACUUAUCGACCAAGCUAUGAACCUGCUCCUACCUACAAACCCGCUCCCACCUACAAACCUGAACCCACUUAUCGACCAAGCUAUGAACCUGCUCCUACCUACAAACCCGCUCCCACCUACAAACCUGAACCCACUUAUCGACCAAGCUAUGAGCCUGCACCAAAAUACCCUGUUCCAAGCUACGAGUCAACCCCUAGUCACCCUCCCCCUGCACACGGGCCUAGCUAUCACGUGCCCAUUUACAACGACUUCCCUAGCUACCCCGCCUACGAACCAUCCCCAGCUUACGACCCGCCCCAAAAUUACCAAGCCGAACCCCAGCUAUAG